AUGUUGUCGUCGAAGAGAAAGCGCAUUCAUGAUGCUACUGUUUCAACAGAGCAUGGACUCUUAAACUCUUCGAACCAUGCCGUUACCUUAUCCGAAUCCGAACCUAACUCUCCAAAGACUUUUCGAGCUCUAGGAAUCCUGGAAUCAUUAUGCGAGGCCUGUGAUUCCCUUGGCUACACAACACCUACGCCUAUUCAGGCGCAAUCUAUCCCGAUUGCAUUACAAGGACGAGAUUUAAUCGGCCUUGCAGAGACUGGUAGUGGCAAGACUGCAGCCUUUGUGCUGCCGAUUUUACAGGCAUUGAUAAACCAGCCACAGCCUCUACACUCUCUUAUCCUUGCGCCCACCCGAGAACUUGCGCAGCAAACCUUGAAAGUCAUCGAAGUCUUAGGUACCUUGGUAUCUGUCCGGUGUGCAUUAUUGAUCGGGGGACUCGACAUGGUCUCACAAGCGAUAGUUUUGGGAAAGAAGCCGCAUAUAGUGGUUGCGACGCCAGGACGUCUGCUUGACCAUUUGGAAAAUACUAAAGGUUUCUCGCUGCGGCAGUUGAAAUAUCUGGUUCUGGACGAGGCGGAUAGGCUGUUGGAUCUUGAUUUCGGUCCGAUAUUAGACAAGGUUCUGAAGAUACUACCGAAGAGAACGACAUAUCUAUUCUCUGCAACCAUGUCCAGCAAAGUCGAGUCACUACAGCGGGCGUGUUUGUCAGAUCCCGUGAGAGUCUCAACAUCCACAGAGCGUGAAACAGUCUCGACACUCUCACAGUCAUAUAUGUUUAUCCCAUGCAAGCACAAAGACACAUACUUAAUUCAUACACUGGACGAGCGAGCAGGACAGAUGGCGAUCAUAUUCACCCGUACAGUUAAUGAGUGCCAAAGGAUUUCGAUCUUGCUACGACAUCUUGGAUUUCCUGCGAUACCUCUCCACGGCCAACUCUCACAGAGUGUACGAUUAGGAGCAUUGAACAAGUUUCGACUGGGGUCUCGAAGUCUGCUCAUUGCCACCGACGUAGCAGCUCGGGGACUCGAUAUACCUUCGGUCGACCUCGUUAUCAACCACGAUUUGCCCCAGGACAGCAAGACUUAUAUCCAUCGGGUUGGCAGAACCGCUCGUGCUGGUAAAUGUGGCAUUGCGAUUUCCUUUGUUACGCAAUAUGAUGUUGAGUUAUGGUUAAGGAUAGAAGCGGCAUUAGGCAAGAAGUUGAAUGAGCAAAAACUAGUGAAAGAAGAGGUCAUGGUGUUUGCUGAGCGAGUAGGGGAUGCCCAAAGAGCGGCUGCGCGGGAAAUGAAGGACCUACACGACAAAAGAGGAAAUCCAGGAGCUACUUUGCGGCAUAAGAGAAAUGGCAAGAGAAGCAGAGAUGAUAUGGAUCAGGAUGAAGGCUAGGAGUUGAUUCGUCAGUGAGUGGGGAAUGGAUAUGCUGCUACUGUAUUCGUAACGUUCCUUUAUGCAUUGAUGAGUAUAAAUGGAUUGAAUUGCAUUUAAAUG